AUGAGUAAAAAUAUAGUUAAGGCAAUCAAAACAAAGAAGUCCGCUUACCGUAAUGAGCUGGCUUUUAGUGAUAAGAAUUUAUUGUUAGCUAAUAGCGAAAUUUUAGUAUUUAGAGCUUAAAAUGAAGCAAAGCUUAUAUUUUUUGCAAUUUUUAGUUAACUACAAACAGAAACUUUAUUACAAGAAUUAACUCCCGAUGAGACUUUCAUUAUAAAGGAAAUGAAAUUCCUACCUGAUACGGAGUAAUUUUAGUUUAAGUAAGCUGAAGGAAAAUCUUAAUCUGGCAACCAUAAAAACAUCUUAGCUAUUGUUGACAAUUAAAAUAGAGUAUAUUUAAUAGAUAUUGAAGUUGAUUAUGAAAAUGGAAAAAUGGCUUGUAUAAUUUUUGCUGAUAUGCCUAGUAGAGAGUAAGAAAUGUGUUAAUAAAUAUUUUGGUUAGGCGAGCAUUUGAUGAUAUUAAAGGAAGGGUUGUUAAUAAUAGAUCGUAAGUUAAAGCUAAAAAACCGUAGCAUAAUGUAGAAAUAGCAAUAUUUAGUUGGAUCGAAGGAAAUCGCAUGCAAAAGAAUCGUUGCUGGAAAGACUCAGCAAAAUAAAAAGUUCUUCUACGGUAUCUGUGGAAAUGCAAAUUCAGUAUUUUUAAAUGAAAAGGAUAAUUAGACACUCUUCUUUGCUAUUUCUCUAACAUAGAAUUCAGAUUUAUUGGAUAUUUACCUCUCUGCUUAUAAUGAUAUAAUUGUGGCUACCAAAUCAGGAACUCUGUAUGCUUUGGGAAGUGAGAAAUUAGAUAAAUUACAAACAUAUAACACUAAAUUAGAAGAAGAUGAAUUUGUGGUAGAAACUCACAUGGAUAAUGCUUUAACUUCAAUAUUCCUUCUUACGAAUAAAAAUUAGAUAUACCAUAUUUUUAUUUAAAAAGCUAAGCUCAAAGACGGUUCAAUAAAAGUGUUUAAAUCAAAAGGUACUUUGAGAUUCCACAACAAGAACGUAAUCUUUACUUUUUGUGUACUUGCAAUUCCUGAAUCUAUAGAAUAAUGCUUAUUUAAAUAAAAUGAAAAUAAUUAACAAAUACAUACUUCAUUCUAGACUUUUAAGCCAUCACUUUCUAAUGUUAAAUACUUACUAUUUUCAUUAUUGGCUUCAGAGGAAGUAAUGAAAAUAUUCUCAGUAGAUCUAAGCACUCACGAUUAAAUAUACCAAGAUUCUGAUAUUGAAUUAGAAUUCCCAGUUACCUAUCUAGAAUAAGUUGACCUUUAAAAUUUAGGCAGCAUCAUUCCUCCAAAUAAAGUCUCUUCAAAUUAAUAACUUCCAAGCAAUGAUGAAAUAAAUAAUUUGUUUUAAGCUCUGCAAUAAAAUACAAAUUAAAAACCUUAGCAAUAAAUAAUCUAAUAGCAAACAUAUGAGAAAAUAUAAAAUCCUAAAAUAGUCAACACUUAAGAAGUAGUUGAGUAAAAGCCAUCAUCUAAGCCAGUUAACCCUUCUAUUUUACCCUAGCAACAAGAUCCUAUCUUAGGCUUGCUACUAAAUUAAUUUGAGUAGCAAUAAUAAUAGUAGAUUUAAAAUUAAAUAUAGCAACCUCAACAACCUAAUCUUUUGAAAGAGUAAUCUUCAUACACAUCUCAUGAGUAAAAAGAAGUGAGAAAGAAGAAUUAAAUUAGAACUCUUACCAACCAAAAUGAAUAUAAUGUUGAGCCUGAGGAAAAGGAAUACAACGAUCAGGUAUCUCAUCACAGCCAUCAUUAACACUCUGAGCAUAAAAACUAUUUAGAAGAAAUUAAGGAUAAUAAAAUAAAUAAAAUAUUCGAUGAGAAUGUAGAUAGGAUGACUAACUAGUUAGAUGAAUAUUUCGAAAAAAAAUUCAAUAAACUUGAUGCACAAAUUUCAGCAAAAAUAGAAAAAAUUAGAAAAGAAGAUGAUAUAGUCAAUAUGGUAGAGAAAAGUACCUAGUGCCAAAGAGAUAAACUUGAAUAAUUUUUGCAUGACGAAAUGGAGGUCCAAUAUAAAAGUUACGUUGAGUAAAAUAUGAAAACUUACAUGAUAGAUAUGUUCCAAUAAGUCACAAAAAUUUUUGAAAGAGGACAAAAGUUUUAUACGGAUAAGAUUUAACAAGAAAAAGAGAAAUCUAAAAUAUAAAAUGAAAAUUCAGAUGAAAUACUCAAUAUUGUCAAGAAAAUAACAAGUCCAUUCUCUGAAUCAACAAUCACCUCCAAAAAAAUCCUAACUGAAAUUGUUCAGCUAUCCACAGAGAGAAAAAACAAAAUGGACAACUUAGAAAAGCAAUUAACUCAGCUAAUAACUAAGCAAGAUUAAAUAGUGACAAGAAUUUCAACUAUGGAAAAAACAUUGCAAGAAGAAAUGGCGCCUCAAAAGAUUUAAAAAAUCAUUGAACAAUCUGUUGCAAAUCAAAUCCAGAAACUAUAGUAUCAAGGAGCAACUACUAAAAAUGAUAAUGUAGUUAUUUAGCAAAUUAAAAAACCUCCUCAUUAAUUACAGAGUGAAAUUAAUUCAGCAAACGAAUCAGGAGGUGAUAAUCCUCGCAGAAAGCCUAAAAAGAAACUUGUAGGAGCUAACUCAAACUUUUGA